CGCUCGCCCAAUCAGAACAGCUGGUCUGCAUCACAUGACACAACUUUUACAUAACUGUUUUUUUUUUUUCCUUGGCUGCUCCAUUGAGAAUAAUAUGGGUGCUUCCUGGACUGGAGCAUGAAGGUGCAGUGUGGUCAGUCCUUCCCGGCAGACACAAACAUGAAUGGCAGAGGUGCUGUUCAGCAGACACGCAGCACAUACAGCAGGUGAGGGGAAAGACUUCACACAAGCUGCUGGACAUGGGGACAGAGAGUGAGAGCAUGCUGCAGCUCGCAGCGGAGGCUUUCCAGUCGAAAAACUUUGACCUGGCUGCGGAUAUCUACGAGUGCCAGCUAGCGGGUCUCGGAGAUCCAGGGAGCCGGCAGGAGCUGAUGGUGAAACGGGCUGACGCGCUCGCCUUCGGGGGCAAAUUCACGGACGCUUUCGACUUGUACCGGCAAGCCUCGGAGAUAGACAGACUGCGACCUAGUCACCUGGCCAACCUCAUAGAGUACCUGACGGGUAGUAUCAAGAGGCAAGACGGGGGGGAGAGUCAACACAGCAUCCCGAGAAAGGGAGAGGAGGCAGGGGCGGCAGCGGGAUGCCCCGGUACGGGUGCCACAGGUUGCGGCUACGGAGAUUUCUCGUGCCGGAUCUGUCUGAGCUCCCUGUUCGAGCCUGUGACUUUGCCGUGCGGACACUGCUUCUGUAAGAAGUGUCUGGAGAGGGAGAGGAAGGAGAAGGAGCGGUCGGUGGUGUGUAAGGAGUGCGGGGACACAUCCAGGGUGGCUGACGGCCAGAGUUACAGGGUCAAUGUGGUCCUCAGCAACCUGCUGGCCAAGUGGUUCCCGGCCCUACACCAGGCCGGCCGGCUGAGGCGAGAGGGCAACGGGCUCUACGCAGAGAAGAAGAUGCAAGCUGCGCUGGAGAAAUACAACCAAGCCAUACUGAUAGCACCCACGGACCACAUACUGUUCAGCAACCGCUCCCAGAUCCACUCUAGUCUGAAACACUAUGAAAAGGCUCUGAGAGACGCUGAGAUGGCCUGCAGACUCAUGCCUCUCUGGUCGAAGGGUCAUGUUCGAAAGGCUCAGGCCCUGGUGUCGCUGGGCAGGACUGAGGAGGCACUGAGAGAGUACCUGGUGUGUCUGUCCAUAGAGCCUGACUGUAGACUGGCUAAGACUGAGGCUCAUAAGCUCCUUAGUGAUCUCCUGGCCCCAGUCACAGAUCAGGUCCCUGAACACAUCUCAGACUACUCCAACAUACUGUCUUCUAGAGCACACAUCAAAAACAGCAUCAUCGCUCCCUCCCAGACCCUCAGUCCUGCCCAGUGGUCAUCAGAGUCCAGUCUUGCGUCUGCCCCUCCUGCGCCUGAGAGGUCAGACAGCAGUGAGGUCAGAGGUCAGGGACGCCUAGAAGCCAGGAAGCUGGACCACUGUUUCCUCCUCAAACGAAAACAAAGGAGCACAGAGGACGAGACGGACGAGGGAGGACUGGAGAGGAGGGGCGAUCACAAGAGAUUCAAGUCUGAGCCAGCAGAGGGGACUGAUUCAUUGGGGUGUGUCGCUGGUGGCCUCUUGGACCCGACUGAUCUGGAAUGUUCUCUUUGUAUGAGACUGUUCUAUGAGCCAGUGACGAUGCCGUGCGGACACACCUUCUGUCUGCGGUGUCUGGAGAGAUGUCUGGACCACAACCCAAAGUGUCCACUCUGUAAAGAAGAGCUGUCUGAGUACCUAGUCCAGAGGCAGUACUGCAAGACAGUAUUAAUGGAGAACCUGAUAUCUAAGUAUCUUCCCUCCGAGCUCAUGGAAAGACAGAAAAUCCACCAGGACGAGAUGGCUGAGUUUUCCAAUCUUAACAAGAAUGUGCCUAUAUUCGUGUGCACCAUGGCCUUCCCCACUGUGCCGUGUCCUCUCCAUAUCUUCGAGCCCUGCUACAGACUGAUGAUUCGCCGGUGCAUGGAGACAGGAACCAACUGCUUCGGCAUGUGUCUGGGAGACAACCUCAAAGGGUUUGCAGACUAUGGGUGCUUGUUGGAGAUUCGCGAUGUGAAGUUCUUCUCUGACGGCCGCUCAGUUGUGGACACCAUUGGCAGACGGAGGUUUAAAGUCAUUCAGCACAGCGAGAGGGAUGGAUACAAUACAGCUGAUAUAGAGUACCUGGAGGACAUUAAGGUGGAGGGCGUGGCGGAGCGUGAGCUGCAGUCCCUGCAUGAUGCAGUGUAUGACCAAGCCCUGGUAUGGGUCAACUCCCUGAAGGCAGAGCAGAAGGAACGUAUUGAAGGACACUUUGGACCCAUGCCUGAGAAAGACUCUGUACUUCAGGCCAGUCCUAACGGCCCGUCAUGGUGUUGGUGGUUACUAGCCGUUCUUCCAUUAGAGGGCCGAGCUCAGCUACCAUUCCUGGCCAUCACCUCUCUGAAAGAUCGCCUCAGUGGGAUCCGCAAAGUGCUGCUCUUCAUGGCCCACAGCCGACACCGGUGACAUGCUCUCAGCAAGCGUUCACCCACCUUGAAAAUGCAGUAACCACCUGCCCCACAGCACCCUCCCCUCCUCCAGGCAGCAGUUGACCUGCUGUUCUUCCUUUUGAUGCACAAAGAACUGAUGUUGAUGUGGUUGCACCUUCCCUGUUGUAGCUCCGUCCAUCUACACAUCAACGACGAACUUGAACUGAAAAAACAAAGAUAGUAUAGAUCUGAAUAAAUAGAUAACUUCCAUGAACAAUAGUCUUUUGACACCAUGCAGAGCAACAUGUCCCUCUUACUUCAACUAGCACCUUCAGCUACCUUUGAACAGGAGGGACUGUCUCAAUACGAUUUACAUUAGUCUAGAUGUGUGUUUUAACAGGAUCAUCAUCUUCCUUUGCAACAUCUGGUGUUAUUGUAACUAUGCUAUGCUAACGCGCACACGCUGUUUGUCCGACAACUCCUCGACUGCAGAAGUUGUUCUGCUGAAAUGUCUUCAUCUUUCCACCGUUGCCUCUCUGGCAUGCCUCCAUUUUUGUAGUUCUCUGUUCUUCCUGUUGCAUUGCGUGUAAUGUCAAGUACAUGUCGUGUGUGGAAUGACACACCAAAAAAAACAAAAACAAAACAGUACUGUGCAGUCUGACCUGAAUGGUGAGACUGCAUUCUCAAAAACUACAGUAAUUUACAACUCCCCAAAACAAGUGAGCUGCUUGUCUGAAUCUUUAAAGCAAAGACGAAGCAGAUUUUUCACUUUAGAAACAAGUUAAUCUACUGCAAGUGGCAACUGCCAUCAACCCAUCACUGUCCACUUACUGUAUGUCUUUUGAUGACUUUUUGUGUAACUGCACUCAUUACAAUUGAGUGACUGAUAAUAAUAUUGAUUAGAAGUUUACUCACUGACUCACUGAAAUCCCAGUAAAUGGUUUACUCAUUACUGAGUUUAGACUUUUACAGAUGAACAUGUGUGUUUACUAUUUUACCACCUUCACCGUAACUUUACCAGUAAUCAUUUUUGACAGCUACUUUGUCUUCCUACCUUCCUUCAUGCUUCCUUUCAUUUCUGUCUCCGUGUGAUCCUGCAGCUGAAUAACAAUGGACUGAACCUUUUACAUUGCUGUGCUUUAAGGCUCUUGUUCUUGUGUUUUAUUCAUUCAUUUUUUUAAAAAUUGUUUUAUUUAUUGUUUUCAUUAUUUAUGCAUGCAGUGACAUUGUUUACAUUUCACAGAAAGAGAUGCUGAGCUGCUCACUUUCCAAAGGCAUAUUUUUUUUAAUUUGAUAUUUGACCCCCAAACAUCAGCAAUGAUACCCUGGUCAGAAUUAGCCAAUCGAUAAGGAGCAACAGCUUGGAGCUCUCAUGGAUGCUGCGGAGGGCAAACUCUGGAAACUCAAGUUGAGGGCAGAUUCCCUCCCAGAACACCUAUUUUUAGUCCACUGGUGACCCAAAUCUGUGUAGUAUUUUUUAUUGGCCCGUCAUAAUCUGAGCUAUGUUGACUUCAACAUAUUUGGAGAUAUUUGUAAUGCUUACAGGCUUAAAGCGAGCCUGUCAACAAUGUGGCAAGCAGUCACAUCAUUCCAGCCAAUAUCUGGAUUUCUGAUACCAUUAUCUCCUAAGUGUAUUUAUUUCAGUAUUUAUUCUGACUUAUUUUGCACUUUCACUUUAAGUAAGGGAAAGUAACGACGCAGACAGGCCUCAGGAUAUUUAAGUCCGACAACC